CAGGACCUAAAACUUUUCGCAGCACAUGCGGUGUUUGCCCUUCCUGGGAAGUAAUAAUUCUUUGAUAUUCCUUUGCUAUUUCGGGAGGCCAUUGCUGGCCCAGUGAUCCUUCCUUCAUCUUCUCUUUCGUCGAUUAAGCCCUGAGACUCUUGCACAGGACAAGGAGGCUUUCAAACUCCGAAUCCGAACCCUCCAAGCAAAACACUCCCUCACUCCAGCUCCAAGUUCGCAGGACUCACGAGACAAAGCAAAAUCCCAAUCAGUUGUACUAGUUAGCUGUAACGUAGAAUGGAGGCUGUUUUAUCAAGCAAGAAGAGAAGUGUCGCAAAUGGACAGGUUCUAGAUGGUUCCAGUAUAAUGGAGUUGGUUGGGAACCAUCAAGUAUUCACCAAUUUCGUGGACCAUAAGUUUCGGGAGUUGGAUAGAGACGGUGACGGUAAGCUCUCGGUGAAGGAGCUCCAGCCUGCCGUCGCCGACAUCGGUGCUGCUCUCGGAUUGCCUGCUCAGGGCACGAAUCCUGAGUCCGAUCACAUUUAUUCUGAGGUCUUGAAUGAGUUCACCCAUGGGAAGGUGGAGAAAGUGAGCAAGGCUGAAUUCAAAGAGGUUCUCUCUGACAUUCUGUUGGGUAUGGCUGCUGGGCUGAAGAGAGACCCAAUUCUGAUACUUCGUAUUGAUGGGGAAGAUCUAUUUGAAUUUGUUAAUAGUCCAAGUUAUGAACCAGAAAUGGCAUCCACAUUCUUCGAGAUUAAGUCCCCUAAUUUAUCACUCCGUGACCAUAUAGUUGAAGCUAUGGGGAAGCUUACAGUUGAGCAAGGAAUUCCUCCCACUUCUGAUUCUUGGGUAUUUAACAACAUUGUGGAUCCCGCGCUACAAUCUCCAGAAGGCCCUGAUUGGGAUGACCCCAUUUCUCAAGAGAUAUUUUUGAUGGAAUUUAGGAAAGUGGCUUUGAGGGUGGCUGAACAUCUUAAGGAGCAACCUGUCAUUGUUGCCCACAGUCAAAACACUUUUGACGGAUCUGGUGUUAAGCGACUAUUAUCCAGCAAGUUUGAGUUAGAAAAGACCUUGAACUCGGCUUUGGAGAAUCUGCCAAAAGAUCGUAAUGGAAAAGUGUCGAAGGACUAUCUGCGGGUGGCCCUGGAUGUGGUGUCUCCAUCUGCUGGUUUACCUCCAGUUGGUGCCAUUGAAGAGAAGACGAGCAUGUGUAGUAUUUUUCUGGAGCCACUUGUGCAAAAUCAUGUUUAUGAUUUACAGAUGGAUAAAGUUAUUGAGGAAGUCUUCAAGAUGAUAGAUGCACAUGAUGGAAAGACAGUUAAGGAUGGCGAGUUUAAGAAAAUUUUAACUGAGAUACUGGGAAGUAUCAUGUUGCAAUUAGAGGGCAAUCCAAUAUCAGUUUCUUCAAAUUCAGUUGUGCAUGAGCCCUUGGGUCCUUCCAUGCUCUUGCAGCCUCCCCGCAGUGAAGCAGCCUAACUACCGAACCGCCCUGAUUUAAGUAUUUUUAUAAAGUGUAAAAGAAACUAUUUAUGAUAAUUUUUGUUUUUAUGUAAA